AAAAUUGUCUCGUUUUCAGUAGACAAUGGCGCGGCAAGGACAGUUGACUGAAAUCUCUGUGGAAGCAGUCCUCUACAGGCCAUGUAAACACUCGAUUGGAAAUACAACGCAGAACAUAAGUAGUAUUUGAAUCCUGCAGGAUCUUUUUUCAAAGUGUCUUUAAAUGAUAACAGAAUGAGUAAUGAGCAGCUCAAAAACGACUCGAAGGUGUGGCCUAGGCCCAACAGACCAGUGACACUAUUGGAUGUUAUAGGGUCAAAAACACUUGAGUCUAGCGAUCCUGCAAACACAACGGCAAAAAACAAGCAAGGGGAUGGAUGCAAAGACUUUUCUAGUGGUCAUCCAUCGAGUUAUGAUGCAACGGGAUCUUCUGCACAACAAGAAGAACUAACGGACUAUAUAGCAUCUGAUCUGGUAAGGCCAAGACCAAACAACGAAGUUCCAGCAUCACACUAUCACUAUGGUGUGCAUCAUGAAAUGGCCGAACAGCAUUUGUCUCAUGUACCAAGUGCAUUAUUAGAUCACGAUUUUGGCUUCUCUGGCAGUAAUCAGACCCAAAAUAGUCAGCUUUCAUCUGAUUUGAAGAGCAAAAAUGAAGGGGAGAUAAAGAAAAUCACAGGCAAUGUUGAUGAAUUGCAGGAGGCAGAAAAGAAACUUGUGUAUGAGUCCAAAGAAGAGGCAGGUAAAACCGAAGAGGCUUCUGUUGAAAAAGAGAACGGAGAGUGUAGUGGAGAUAGAGAAAUGGUGUAUUGCAUAUGUAGAACAAGUGAUACUGACAGAUUCAUGAUAGGAUGUGACAACUGCUCUGAAUGGUUUCAUGGUGACUGUAUAAAUUUACGAAAGCACGAGGCCAAGAAAGUUGAAGAGUGGUAUUGUCAAUCUUGCUUAGAGCAACAACCCCAUUUGGAAAUCAAAUAUAAGGCUCAAAGAAUUGAUCCUGCUGCAACUCAUGAUUCAUCUUCUCAUAACAAGAGAGGUAAAAGAGUAUCAAGAAUGUGUGGCGAGUGUAUUGCCUGCCAGAAAACAGAUGAUUGUGCUGAAUGUGAUUUUUGCAAGGAUAUGAAAAAAUUUGGCGGAGAAGGAAGAUUAAGACAAAAAUGUAGACUAAGACAGUGCCUCAAAUUGUCAAAAAUUCUCCAAAAGAAACCAGGGAGAUUUUCAUUCCCUGAAGAAUAUGUGGAACAAUAUCGACAACUAAUGGAAAGGCAGCAGUCAAGUGAAUACAACAGUUCUGAAAAUCGAAUGGAUGACCAGAUGAGACAACUAGAUCGCAAGAAAUAUACCGGUUAUAAUUACAGCGAAGGAAGCCGCGAUAAGCGAAAAGCAGUGAAGGUUAAGCAUGCAAAGCAAACCCAAUUGACAAAGGAAAUGAAGAGAAAAGACAAAGAAUUUAGGGACUUGAUGAAAAAAGAAUUGCGAGAAAUGAAGCUUAAUGACCUGCAAAGGAAGAAAGAAGAGAGAGCAAAGCGAAGACAAAAUACUGUAGCGAAUAAAUCAAGAAAAAGGUUUUCAGGGGCUAAAGAUGAUUAUGGAAACGCAAAGCGCCUCGAUGCCAAGAAAGAAGAGCCACGUCAUUGCCUCGGACCAGGGUGUAUCAAAGCGGCAAGGUCUGGGUCCAAGUAUUGUGGUGACGAAUGCGGCGUUCAAUUGGCCUUGAGGAGAUUGCAAGAAAUUCUUCCUGAAAGAAGCAAAAUCUGGAAAGAAAGUCCAUCUUUAGCAAACGAAAAGGGGGAAAAGGCUAUCGAAGAAAUACAUAAACAGCAAGAGGUUUGCAAGCAGAGGUUGCUGGAUCUGGAUAAGGAGUACGAUGAGUUCGAGGCUAUCGUUGAAAAAUCGAAAGUUCUCACGAUAUGCGAAGAAGAGGAUAACGAUGACGUUGAGGGGGACAUUGAUCUGACUGUCUACUGUGUAACCUGUGGCCUUCCACUUGCUCCAAAGAUUGCUCUUCGACACAUGGAGAAGUGCUAUUCUAAGCUUGAAUGUUUGACAUCUUUUGGUGCUAUGUACCGAAGUGCAGGCAAUCUUUUUUGUGACACGUACAAUUCGCAGCAAGGAUCGUACUGUAAACGCCUAAGAGUUCUCUGCCCGGAACAUACCAAGGAUCGCAAAAUUGGCACAGACGAAGUUUGCGGCUGUCCAUUGAGUGAAGGGAAGCCAGAUGAAAUAACAAAGUUUUGCAGAGCACCAAAGAGGAAAUGUGCUAAACAUUAUUAUUGGGAUAAACUACGCCGAGCGGAGAUUGAUCUUAAAAGAUUGCACGAGUGGUGGAAGCUCGAAGAGGGUCUAGAACAGGAGCGAGCGAUUAGAAUGUCCAUGAAUUCAAGAGGCGGUGUUGUUGGUAUUCUGCUUCACCAAACUAUUGACCAUACGAAGGAAAAAACAAGUUAGAGACAGUAAAGUCGUGAUGACGUCACUGAUGCAACUAUCUCUUGAAUUGUGGCAUUCUGUUUAUAUUGUAUAAAGUGUUGUAUAUAUUUCUCAUUAAAGAAGACAUUGUUUUAAUAAAGUUCAUGUCACAUAGAUUCGUUUCC